GAUUCCCGCUCUCUCUCUAUCUCUCUCUGUGGCAAAACGCCAAAACCCUAGAGAGUGACGGGGGAGGGCGAGUGCAGGGGAGAUGGAAAUCUUGAUCCCUGUCUUUCUGGGUUUCCUUCUCCUGUACACCUUCUCCUACGGCGUGAUUUUCCGGCGACGGAGCAACCUCGCCGUCCGGGCGGAGUCGGCCAGCUGCGUCAUCUCGCUCGCUCACGGCACCCCGGUUGCCGUCAUGGCUGCCCGCUCCCUCCUCCACCACCAGGAACGGCUGCCUUCUUCCUUUGCCGCUGCCAAUACACCCUUCCAGAACGAAGUGCUCGACUUCAGCCUCGCCUACUUCUCCACUGACCUUCUCCACUACGUCCUCUUCCACCCCGACGACGUCCUCUUCAUUGCCCACCAUCUCGCCACCGGUUUCGUCCUCGCUACCUGCCGCUACCUCGUCUCUCACGGCGCCUGCGCCGUCCUCGGCCUCCUCCUCCUCGCCGAGGUCACCAGCUUCUGUCAGAACGUCUGGACGCUCGCCAGGGCUCGCCGAGGUGAGUCUGCCUUCGCCCGCAAGCUCUGCGAUCUCCUCUCUCCUCCGUUCUACGUCUACUAUUCCGUCGUCAGGGGGAUCAUCGCCCCGAUCUUUACCUACAAAAUGGGGGCGUUCUAUCUUAGUGGGAAGGCCGACGGCGUGAUCCCUCGGUGGUUAUGUUGGUCUUGGAUGAUUGUUGUGGUCACGGCCAUUGCGGUGAGCAUCUUGUGGAUAUCUAAUCUCUGGGCGGAACUGUAUCAAAAGAGGGUUUCCAGGUUGAAAUUGGAGGCCUGUGUUUCUGAUUCACGUUCUGAGUUGGAAUCGGUGAAGAAGGUUAGGUAAGAGGAUACAGCAUAAACGAUUUUGGGGAAGAGAAAAAGCAGUCGUUUGCAUAAAAGAAUUGGAUUUGGAGGUCAUCGGGAAGAGGGGGUAUCAACGAACUGCAAUGAGAAAAAAAAACCUGAUCUUUUUCUUAAAAAAAAAAAAACUUGAGGGUGGGGGGAUUCUGAUUUCUCCGGUGGCAGGAGGAUCGUGAUUUGCAGCUGCAGUGGGCAAUUGCUAGUUUCGCCGCUAUUUGCGUAAAUAAUAAUAAAAUAUAUUGUUCAAUUGGUAGAUGGUUUAGUGUUUAUAUGAUACAAGGAAGAACGGCCACAAUCUUUAAUGGCUGAAAUGGUGCAGUAUGGAUUGAGGGUACAGUCCUUAGAAUGGAGCUUAAUUGGUGCUGUUAGAAGUGUGAAAAUAAAGAGAUUCACAUUUUAUAUGUUCAAUUACUUCCAAAAGGAUGCAUUUGGUUCUCUCUAUCUCUAUCUGUCGCUAGCACAUAUCUUCACGGCGCCAUAUGACGUGAAAUUCUGCUUUAUACAUUUGGGAGUGUAAAGUUUUUUAACCUUCAGUUGAAUAAAUUUGCGUUUAGUAGUG